AAGAAUCCUAACGAGAUUCGUUACUAAAUAGGAGGUCUACGCGGUGCACUCGGAGCGACAUUAGGAGUUCGUCAUUAGUCUAGAACUUUAGGACAACGAAGAUCUUUAUAACGGCGGUUCUUAAAUGGAUAGUAUCUAUCUAUCUAAGAACUCCCUAAUGUGCGUAAGGCUAUUAGCUAGAGGUGCGAUCGAGGCUUGUCGGGGUAUUCUUAAUAGUUAUGUUAAGAACGCGAUUAUAGUAAUCCGACCUCCCGGUCACUAUGCCAAACAUAACGAACCGAUAGGCUUCUAUCUAUUUAAUAAUGUACCUAUCGCCGUUAAAGCCUACUAGAACGAGUUUAAAGACACAUGUCGUAAAGUCCUUAUUCUCGACUAGGAUGUACAUUAUAGCAACGGCGUACAACAGGCAUUCUAUAACGACCCUAACGUGCUAUAUAUCUCCCUUUAUGUCUACUAAGGGGGCAA